AUGACAUUAGCAGGAGGUUUCUGUGAGGUAGACUUUGAUGACCUCCAGUUCUUUGAGAAAUGUGGAGGUGGUACAUUUGGAAGUGUAUAUCGGGCUUUAUGGAAGUCUCAAGACAUGAUUGUAGCUGUCAAGAAAUUAUUGGCCUUGGACAAAGAGGCCACUGUUUUGAGCGUAUUAAGCCACAGAAAUGUGAUGCAGUUCUACGGGGCUGUGGUGGAGGAGCCAAACUUUUGUCUGAUUACUGAGUAUGCCACUAAUGGAUCCCUGUAUGCCUAUCUACAGAAUCCAACUAACACCAUGGAUUUUCAACACAUCCUCAGAUGGGCUCGUGAGAUAGCUCAAGGUAUGAAUUAUCUCCACGACGAGGCCCCCAUGAAAAUCAUCCACAGAGAUCUUAAAUCCAAAAAUGUUGUGAUAUCACACGAUUGGAUUUGUAAGAUCUGUGACUUUGGAGCCUCGCGGUUUAUGGGAAGUACCACAAAAAUGUCCCUAGCAGGAACUUUUCCCUGGAUGGCACCAGAGGUCAUACAAAGUUUACCUGUGUCAGAAUCCUGUGAUACCUGGUCUUAUGGUGUUGUCCUUUGGGAGCUCCUUACACAUGAAGUGCCUUUUAAAGGGAUUGAGGGUUUUCAAGUAGCCUGGCUAGUUGUUGAGAGGGGAGAGAGGUUGACUAUCCCAAGUACCUGUCCUGCUACCUUCGCCAAGCUGAUGGAAGAUUGUUGGUAUGUAGAUCCAAAGCAACGACCUAGCUUCAGAGACCUGUUAUCCCGACUCCAUACGAUGCUCAAUGAUGAGUCUUUACCGGAGGAAACAAAUUCUUUCCUGGACCACCGGGAGGUUUGGAGGAAGGAAAUAGAGGCCACCAUUGAUAGACUGAAGAAGGCAGAACGUAACAUUACCUUAAAAGAACAAGAAUUGCGAGAAAGAGAAAACAAGAUAAAGGAAAGAGAGAAAAGUCUGGAGCAACAGUUCAAAGUAGUGAAACUUGAUUCCUAUGACGUUAACAGCUGGAGAGAGGUGGAUGUUUAUCAAUGGGUACGACAACUGCAUAAUGGCCACACAAAUGACCUUGCAAUGUAUGCAGACCUUUUUAUUAACAACCACAUCACAGGGCGACGCCUUUUACUAAUGACCCAGACUGACCUCAAAAACAUGGGCAUCACAUCAGUGGGCCACAUCCUAGAACUGUUUACUGAGAUUGAGUUACUGAAGGCACAUAACCACCGACUUCUAAAUUUUCCUCCACUUUCUGCAAAUGUACAAAAUAAAGAGAGAGCAGCAUCCCCAGUCAACAGGAAAGUUACAGUGACUUUUAUAUUUGGGCACCAUCUUAGGAAAGGAACAUCAGAAAAAGACCACAAGUGGAAGAUGUACAUGGAGAUGGAUGAUGAGGAUGAAGAGGAAGACAAGGAUGUUGUCCCAAUAACCUUGAUCAAAAGUGUCAGUUUUAUUUGUUCUUCAAACCAUGGAAUCUUCAAAAUAGACCAUCCUCCAUUUAUUAUGGAGAAAUGGCAGACAGGCUUGGGACCCGACAUAGAGGUCGAAUGUAAUGUCCAGUUUGAGUCCACAGUGAAGAAACCCAAAUCUAUUAAGUACCAUCACAAACUUGACGCUAGUGUAACAACCUCCGGUCAGAAGGUUGUGAUCUUAACUCUCCUGAGUACAGAAUCACCGCCAUUGUCUGUGGACACUCUUCCAGCGUCUCCUGCACGACCUUCUCAGUCAGUGUCACCGUCUGCACAUGGUAACCAAACUUCACCUCAACUCCAGGGCUACUGGAACAAACGUCAGUCUCUGGGGACGGUCUCUCUGCCAGAAUCCAUCAAAAGUAAUAACUCCAGUGUUUGGGCGAGUGUGGUGUCGGGACGGAAGCCCUCCUCUCCAGCCAUCUUCUCAAGUGUCCAGGCGAAACCUAUCCCUGGAACUCCCUUAGUACUUUACCCUUUCCAUCCUUCCCAGACCCCUCCCAGCUCCCCCUCUCUGUCUGCCACCAGCUCGCCUUACUCCCAGGGAUCAUCACCAUGGUCAACACCAUCACCAGCUCAACAUGUGUUACGACAGCAAUCACCGUGGUUCCAUACCAACCAGCUGUCACAAGUGCCUCACUCCUCUUCUCAAGAAUCAUCGUUUUCAUCACAUAACGUCACAAGUUCUGACAGCUCAAGUUCAGGAGGCAAAAGCACUAAACAUGACAAUUCUAAAAUAUCUCGUGACACUGCUCGUGAUUUGAAAGUGAGUUUUGUGAUAUCAGAACCUGUUAGUAGUGAUGGGCAGGAUACACAUACCAAUUCCUAUGCAGAUGUGUGUAAUCGAUGUCUGUGUCAGAGACAGCCAACAGCAGGACAGGCUAAACAAUCUCCAAAUUUACAAAAGUCUGGGGACGAGGGAUAUAACAGCUCACACCAUGAAAGUAAUGACCGCCGGAGUCUUCAUGAUAAUAAAGAUGGUUUCCAUGACAACAGGGGUGGUAACCAUAUAAACAGGGGUCAUAGGGGUCGAUAUAGAGGUGAAGAUAGACAUAGGUAUAGGGAUAAUAGAAAUGAUUACUAUGACAACCAACGUUACAACAGAGGUAAACGUCAAGGUAGGGGUGAUGGUCGAGGUAGAGGUCAUUAUUCAGUACAUAAAGUCAGAGGCUCCCAAAGGGAUGUUUUAUCAGGUGGAGAUUAUCAGCGAAGUUUUAGUGACCCUAAACCACGCACAGGUAGUUUUCUGUCAGAUGGGGACUUGUCUGACGGGGGCAAGGCAAACAGCUACAAUGCCCCUGAUAGCAAACCACUUGUAAAAAGUCAACAUAGGGGCAGAAAAGGGAAAAAUAUAUCUCAAUGUUUACCAACAUCACCAGCUUCUGUUGGGCCUUCAGGGUCAGAAAAUAAGGACUCACAUCACUCAAAUAGGGCGGAAACGUUGGACGAUGGGUCACUAGAAUCACACAAGGAGAGAGGUGGAGGAUGGAGGGAGGUAGAUCACCGGCAUUCUGACAAUGCUCAUAACCACCAUCAUAAUUAUGGCCGGACACGGGGGCGUGGGUAUCGCAGAAAUGACUAUCAAAGUGAUGAUGAAAAAAACAUGCAUCAUGGGUACAGUAGCAGCCGCGGUUACAAUGGAGAUGAUGACCGUAGGCGCCAUUACAGUGAUGGUGAGGCUCGUGGCCGGGGUCAUAACGGACGAAGAGGUCGUGAAUCUGAACAGUAUUGUCCUGAUCAAAGUACAGGUAGAGCUCAUCCUCAAAAGAAAGUAUGAAAUACAUACACUGAACCGACAUAGACCAAGUGGCGACGGUAGGUUAUAGAUAAUGA